AUGAGAGUGUACGUUUUUCUUUGUUUGAUGUGUUGGGUAAGAUCUGACAAUAGAAGACCAUGCCUUGAAUUUUCUCAGCUAAAUGUAAAGGAUUCCUUCAGAGAUUUAUUUAAUCCCAGAAUAGAGAUAAUUCUGAUGAUGUAUACAAGGAACAAUCUAAACUGUGCUGAGCCGCUAUUUGAGCACAAUAACUCACUUAAUAUUAAUUUCAACACACAAAAGAAAACAAUUUGGCUUAUCCAUGGAUACAGACCAAUGGGCUCCACUCCAUCAUGGCUUCAGAAUUUUCUAAGGAUUUUGUUGAAUGAAGAAGAUGUGAACAUAAUUGUAGUAGACUGGAACCGGGGUGCUACAACUUUUAUUUACAAUAGAGCAGUUAAAAACACCAGAAAAGUUGCUGAGAAUUUGAGUGGGCACAUUAAAAAUCUUUUGGUGGUAUCAAGAAAGAAUGCUAAUGGUUUAGAAACGGGUAAGGGAAAUCAGAACAUACCACCACUUUGCAGAUAUAAUAUUGCACUUAAAGAAAAAGAGGAAGUAUUUCUUAAUCUAGACACAUGUACACCAAAGGAAACAUAA